CUUGCUUAAUUUAGAAAAGCAUCUUUCUAAAAGCCAGCAUUUUAUUUUUGGAUUGCGCUUUCGGUUUUACGCUAUACAUCUAAGCAGGUUUCACUGAUUGAGCAAGAACGAUGGUAGAUGUCUCAGCAGACAGCAUUACUCUCGAGAUGCUCAGAGAGGCAUGUGUGGGUGUCAGAUGCAGUCCGCUGGAUGUGAUCAACACACCAAUGAUCCCAUGGUCCCAAACCACACUUCCACUCAACAACCCCUGCAACAUUCACAUCAAACUGGAAAACAUGCAGAGGACCGGUUCAUUUAAGAUAAGAGGUGUUGCAAACCAGUUUGCCCGGAGACACAAAGGGGGUUAUUUUGUGACCAUGUCUGCUGGGAAUUAUGGAAAGUCUUUUGCAUAUGCAUGUAAGCAUUAUGGAGCCAAAGGCAAAGUGGUGAUGCCAGAAACCGCCCCCACCUCCAGAUCCGUUCUGAUACAAAGUUUGGGAGUUGAGGUUGAAAGAGCGCCGACUCCUCAUCUCAUGGAUGUUGUUAACCGAAGUGUUCGAGAGCACAGCAUGACUUUCCUCCAUUCCUUUGAUGAUCCGGAUCUUAUCACUGGACAUGCCAGCUUAGGUUUUGAGAUCCUGGAAGUUGUGCCCUAUCCAGAUGUUGUGGUUGUUUGCUGUGGUGGAGGAGGGUUACUUGCUGGUGUGGCAGCUGCCAUCAAACUGUCUGGUUGUGAGAACACAAAGAUCUAUGGAGUGGAACCAGAAGGAGCGUGUACAAUGUACAAGAGCUUCAUUGUGAAGAAGCCUGUUGGUAUGGAUGCCAAAAGCAUUGCUUCAGGGCUAGCACCACCAUUUGCAGGUUCUUUGCCAUAUGAGCUGUGUCAGAAGUAUGUGGAGAAUAUUGUGCUGGUGACCGAUGAGGAGAUCAAAUCAGCAGUUUCCAUACUUUAUAGGGCUGGACUCGUUGUUGAACCUUCAGGUGCUGCAGCUUUCGCUGCCGUCACGAAUGACAAAAUCCCAGAUAUCAAUGGCAAGAAUGUGGUGGUCAUCCUCAGCGGAGGAAACAUUGAGAAAGAUGAGCUUAGCAACUUUCCUGAUUAAGUUAAAGGCUUAUUUAGAUAGUAAUCAUGUUCCUAUACAGUUAAAGCAUAUAUGGCCUGUGAAGUGCAAUAAUAUAUUAUUCAAACCUCCCAGAGGAAAAGUGACUUGUGUAGAUAUGGCUAUUUUCAGACUGCAUGCAAACUGGAUAUUUCUGCACUAUUAAUUGCAAGAGUUGUAUGUCCAAAAAUAACCAACUUAUCCGCAUGAGCUGCUUUGGACUUCCUCUAAGACAACUUUUACAUGUAUCUUAUGAUCUCCCCCUUGGAAAUUUGACCCUAGUUGAAAACUCUACAUAAAAAAACAGUCUACACAUCACAAGAUCCUAUUAUUAUUUUAUUUUAUUCAAAAAAAAAUUUUUUCACAUGUUCCACUACAGUAGAUCUGACACGUAGAAAUCCAGUGUGGGUUUAUUUAAAAUAGAAAUAUAUCAACGUAUUGAUUAGCUAUGCGACAUCUUUAUUGGCCAUCCUGCAAACAACAGCGUCCGAAAGACUGCCACACUUUUCCUCCAGUGGUGCGACUUUGUAGAGCUGUAAUGAGAGACACAGAUGUAUGUUUCAAUCAAAUGCAAUAAACAAGGAACUCUACAGUGUUCUACAUCAGUACUGUGCCAAAAGUCAUACCUUUUUAAUCUUAGCGACAUCAGUGAAAUCAGACACUCGAUCAACGGCAACCUGUUGUCCGUCCACCUUUGAGACGAUGUCAUCGAUGCAGAGGGUCUCGUCUUUGUUGUGAACUAACACAAUGUGAACCGCACUGUCACUGUCUGAGAUCCCAAACCUUUUGAAUGCUUCAGAUAUCUGCCAGACAAUAAACUUCCUUAAAACGGUAAGCCAAUAAAGAAUGAAGCUGUGUUCCUGUACUGUAAAAGUAUUACUCACAUUGUUUGUGGGUGAAAGAUUAAAAAUGAUUUCCGAGUAAA